UAGAUGCUGGCCAAUUUUGUGGUCCAUGAAAUCGAACCGGAAGUGCCGUUUUGUCAAUAAACGAGUUUUUCGUUUUUAAUGUAUGCUUAGUUUUAUAGUAAAUUAUGUUAUAAUAAAAACUAUAUUAUAAACAUGUAAAGGUCUAGAAUAGACUUUCGUUUACUUUAAGUUAUUGAUAAAAAGUUAUGUUAUUGAAGACAAAAUCUGAUCUGCCUGCUGUCCCACUGCGACUUUCUUUAUUUAUAAUUAUCGUAUUAUCACUAUGCUUUGCUAAUAGUUAUAAUGGUGAUUUUGUAUUUGAUGAUUCUGAAGCUAUUGUUAAUAAUGAGAAUGUACAAAGUACACCUCUCAAGGAUAUAUUUAAAAAUGAUUUCUGGGGUACUAAAUUGACUAAUAAACAAAGUCACAAAUCAUAUAGACCAUUCACAAUUCUGACUUUUAGAUGGCAUUUUUGGUUUCGAAAAAGUUUGGUUGCUCAAGAUUAUCACUUGAUAAACAUUAUUUUACAUACAUUCGUCUGCAUCCUGUUGUUGCCCACAUUUAUUGUAUGUUUGGGUUCAAGAGGACAGAACACUGCAUUUUAUGCAACUGCAUUGUUUGCUGUUCAUCCAAUACAUACAGAAGCUGUCUCAGGCAUUGUAGGAAGAGCAGAAUUAUUAUGUGCUUUAUUUAUGUGGACAUCUAUCUUACUAUAUUAUCAAUCAAUCUAUGCAAAUAAAUUAUUAUAUAGAUGGUGUAGCAUGUGUGGUUGCAUUCUAUCCAUUGCAACUGCAAUGCUAUGCAAGGAGACAGGAAUAACAGCAAUUGGAAUUUGCGGUAUAUAUGAUCUUGUAAUGGUGAACAAAAUACUACCAUCAGAUGUGAUCAGAUUUAUGAAAAUGAAGUACACUUAUGCAGAAGCAAAAAAAUUCAUCAACCUGAAACAGAAGCUCAUAAUCAGACUUUGUAUACUUUCUGUGUCUGGUUUAAUGCUCAUGGUUUCAAGAUUCAGUGUUAUGGGAUUUAAACCUCCAACUUUUCAAUCUAUAGACAAUCCAGCUUCAUUCAUGGACAAUGUCUUCCUACGAAUACUGAAUUAUAGUUACAUUUAUUGCUUAAAUGUAUGGCUACUAAUAUGCCCAGAAUGGUUGUGCUUUGAUUGGUCCAUGGGUUGUGUACCUUUGAUUACUACUUAUGACUAUAGGAUAUUCUGUGUAAUUAUUUUUUGGUUAAUACUUGGUACAAUGAUUGCACAUAUCUUCAUCUGCUGUGAUGACUUAUUUCUAAGAUACUCACUUAUGGGACUAGCAAUGUUAAUCAUUCCAUUUCUACCAGCCAGCAACAUCUUUUUCAAUGUCGGUUUUGUCUUAGCAGAGAGAACUCUUUAUAUUCCCUCUGCUGGUUAUUGUCUUCUUAUUGUUAUAGGGUUACAAAAGCUUUGUAAUCGUGUUUCUGUGCAGUACAUUCUGUUAGCGUACUUAGUUCUCAUUUCAUUAUUUUUUGCAAGAUCUUGGAUGAGAAGCGAGGAGUGGAAAACUGAAACCUCGCUUUUCAGAUCGGCAUUGCACGUUUGCCCACUGAAUGCAAAGGUUCACUACAACAUUGCUAAGAAUGCCGCUGACUCCGGGAAUACAACAUUAGCGCUCUACGAAUACAAAGAAGCUCUAAGAUUAAAUCCUAACUAUGCUCAAGCUAUGAAUAAUCUUGGUAAUUUGCUCAAGGAUCAAGGAAAGUAUAUAGAAGCAGAAAGUUUGCUUAAAAGGGCUAUAGAGCUCCAGGAUGACUUUGCUACAGCGUGGAUGAACUUAGGUAUCGUCCUUUCGGCUUUGAAGAAAUACGAUGAAUCAGAAGAAAGUUAUUUGACAGCACUGUCUCACAGAAUUAAAUAUCCUGAUUGCUUUUAUAAUCUAGGUGUCUUGUACCUUGAACAAAAAAAUUACGAUAAAGCUUUAAAAGCUUGGAAGUCCGCCACUAAGCAAAAAAAGAAUCACGGAAGAGCAUGGAGAAAUAUGAUAUUACUCCUUGAUGAUCUGGGUACGCGCGAUGAUGCGCUUAAAGUGGCAUAUCAAGCUCUGCAGUAUUUACCAGAUGAUGCUUUAAUUCACUUCAAUAUCGCCAACAUAUUGGGCAAAGUUGGAAAUUUUGUAGAGGCAGAAGUGCAUUUCAAAAAAGCAAUAUCACAAAAUCCUACAAACUCAAUGUUUUAUACAAAUUUAGGUGUACUCUAUCAUCGAUGGAAUAAAUUCGAUGAAGCCGAACACAUGUACAAGAAAGCAUUAGAAAUUAAACCAGAAUUCAAUAGUGCCAGGGAUAAUUUGAGAAAGUUAUAUACUUUAAAGUCAUCAAUAAAAUAAUUUAUACUUUAAUAUCAAAAGAACUGUAUUUACUAUAAAAACAAAGUUAGUUUUUCCUGCAAUCUAUUUUGCCCUUUACUUUUUCGAGAUUACGCGGAUAUGCGUAAGCUUUGAAAUUCCCGACUUUCUUCCCGUCGAUAUAGUUGUAAGACUUAAAACAACCAUCACAGUAGUAACAAGGAUUAUGUGGAAUUCUCUCAUGUUCCAUAGUGAUCCACUGUGCAAUGUACACACCACAUAUCAUGCAAUAUUUAGAAGACAUGGGUCUUAUCCUUACAAUUUGUGGAUAUUCCGAUACAGCUAAUGUAUCACUGUUAUUGAUCAACCUAUAAAUGAUUAAACAGCAUGUAUUCGAGUACCCAAUUAUUGGUUUAUCAAAAUUACCUUGCAUCACUAAAUAUAAUUAAAUGUUCACAGCCUCCUUGAUGCUUAUAUACCCAUGGAAAACCAAAUCUUAAGAACAGAGAAUCUAUUCUACACUCCUCCAUUGAAGCAACUUUGAAAGGACCUAAAUUUGGUCGU